CGAGAAUCCGAAGAAUUGUGAAGUUCGAGUCGCAGAAAUAUUGUAAAUAUUGUCCUCCCCAUCGCAAAGCUAAAUGCAACAACAUCUCAAGGAUCAACUAGCUGAACUACGACUCUGUCUUGCAGCAUUGCCAGCAGACAUACCUAUUCCCAAGGAGUCGAAGUAUAAAUUCUCGAACUUCAGCCCAGAUGCUGAAUGGGCUGCGGACAUUGGUGAGGCUGCUGCCAUCAAUCGAGAGCUAGAAGUCAGGUUGGGCAGUCGAGUUGAUGGCCUGAAACUUGUUGAACGAGGCCCAGAGAUGGAGGCCAUAGUCCACGUUUUUGAAACAUGGACAAAGAAAUUUCCGGGUGAUGUUAUCCUGGAGAAAUGGGUUGACGACACUCUCGAAGCUGCGAGAGGCCUCAUUCUUGCCGCGGGAAAAGCUGUGAGUUAAAUCUUAUUUUUCCGUCCAAUAAAAUAGACUUACUGAUGGCAAACUAUAAAGUUGCCAGUCCUUGUCUCGGACUCGAGUUCUACAAAACA